AUGAGUUUCACAGUUGUAGACGAAUUAUUUACAGUCAUUUUUAGUACAAACAAUGAGUAUCCUAAGCGAGCUGACCCGGAAGUUAUUCCGGAAAACCAGUUUGAAAUCCUCCAGGAAGUGCUUUCGGACGCUGAUCAUAAUUAUCUCCGCAUGAUGUGUGAUAAUUUCCAAGAAAAACCAGAAAGUGUGAAAAAUUUCAUUAACAAAGCCAUGGAAAAACGCGAUUAUCCCAAAUUGAAAGAUUACCAACAGAAACAACAACAAUCAAAACAACAGAAGCAAUACACGCGUGAUUUUAAUGUGAAAAAUUUUGUGAAAAUUAUCCCCAAUCCGGAGGAGUUUUUCAAUGAAAAGUCAAGAACACUGCAAGUGGACCCAUGGGAUAUGCUUUAGUUUAGUCCUGAAAGAAAUACAGGAGGAUUAUGGAUAUCUUUUUACACAAUUGGGGCGUUCGGAUUAGGUACA